AUUGCCACCAAGCCACCAAGAGGUUCGGAGAGAGAACUGAUUCAGCGUUUGGUCGCUGAGAAAAUCACCGGCAAUCAGUUGAGGAAAAUGACGUGUGGUUAGAGAAUGUGAGAGCUCAAUCUCCUUCUUUAGCGGCAAGUGCUUUGGGGAAAAUUAUCGUCAAAGAAAAAAAAUUCUGUCCAAUAAAUAUGAACAAGAAAGGUUUGGCCAUUCUAAUGCGAACCAGAAUGAAGCCUAACGACGCGAGCAAGCUCGCUCAAUCUCCUCUCAAUAACAUUGUUAAGCAAUCGGUGUCCAAUUCCGAAGGAAAUCAAUCGAAUGGAGGAAAUAAGAAUCUCAGUGCCUAUAACUAUACUGACAGGAAUUUCGAGAAUGUGCGCGAGUCGAUGCACUCGGCCAUAUCAAUGAACAAAACUGAAGUUUUAGAUUCUGUGCUCAAUGAUUUCUCGGAGGGCUAUUUUAGCCUCUCUUACGAGGAUCGCCGGAAAUUACUCCUUAUGCUUGCCAAAGAGUGUGAUCUUAAUAGGACUCAAGUUCACGAAUUGAUAAAACAGUAUCUCGGACUUGAGCUUCCAAGCAGGUGGAAUGUACAAUCGAGUGGCUUAGAAGAGGAAGGCACGCUCUCCGCUUUUUAUCGUAUGGAGCGGAAUCUGAGACAUGCUCUCAAGCCAAAGUAUGAAGAUUUGUUCGAGCGUCUCAACACUCAUCCUGGGGGUUUGAAGUUCUUGUCCAGUCUUCGCGCCGAUAUUCUUUUUAUUCUCGCAGAGGAAAAUUUAGCAUCUUUGCGAGCAUUGGAUUCCCAUUUGAAGGAGAAACUAAGUACAUGGCUUAGUCCUGCUGCUUUAGAGCUCCACCAGAUCACAUGGGACGACCCUGCCUCUUUAUUGGAAAAAAUUGUGGCAUAUGAGGCUGUGCACCCAAUCAGCAAUCUUAUUGAUCUUAAGAGAAGGCUGGGAGUUGGUCGCCGCUGUUUUGGAUAUUUACAUCCAGCAAUACCUGGCGAGCCUCUUAUCUUCAUUGAGGUUGCACUUCAGAAGAAUGUUGCUCAAACAAUACAGGAAGUUUUGUGGGAUGAUCCUCCAAUACCCGAAAGUGAGGCAACUUGUGCGCUGUUUUAUUCCAUAUCAUCAACUCAGCCCGGUUUAUCAGGGAUCAAUCUGGGAAAGUUUCUCAUCAAACGUGUGAUAAAACAUGUUAAAAGAGACAUGCCACAUAUUUCUACAUUUGCAACCCUUAGCCCAAUCCCAGGAUACAUGCAAUGGCUUCUAUCGAAGUUGGCAUCUCAAUCAAAACUUGCUGAAGGAGAAGCUUUGUCACAUUCAUCAGCAGAAAAAUCUGGUUCAACGUUUUUUGAGAACAUACUUGAACCUGAAGAAGAAAGAGGGCUAAUGGAAGCUUCCACUGAAUUUGUUGCUGGAAACAAUGGCAUGGAAGUGAUGCUCAAAUUGUUGACUUCCACAAACUAUGAGUGGAUCAAUUCAGAUGAGCUACUUUCGGCAUUAAAACCCCCUCUGAUGCACCUCUGUGCAAGGUAUCUUUUGCAAGAGAAAAAAAGAGGAAAAGCUCUGGAUUCUGUAGCGAACUUUCACUUGCAGAAUGGAGCAAUGAUUGAAAGAAUAAAUUGGAUGGCUGACCGAUCAGAGAAAGGCCUACGUCAAAGUGGAGGUAUCAUGGUGAACUACGUUUACAGGCUAGAGAGCAUUGAAGAAUAUGCUCACUCAUAUUUUAACACAGGGCAUAUCCAUGCAUCUAACGACCUUCGGCGCUAUGUUGAGGUGCAGCCAAAGGAUGAAUUUGAUGGACAAUGAACUAAACAGAUUGAUAAAGGAUUCGUGACUAUGGUUUUCUACCAAUAGAGGCUCCGAGGCAGAAUUUGGUCUUCCUCAAAGGAAACUG